CUCAAAUUUAUAUUUUGUCUUCAAAGUAUAAUUUGUGUGCUUGCGAAAGUCCCACUGCACCCUGAGGAAUGUGGUACACAUCUAACACCAUAGUGGCAUCAUGAGGUGUUCUGAGCCAUCACUUUGAUGUGUCUCUAAUGUUUCUUGGCUGCACAAUUAACUUAGCUGAUCUGCCAAACACACAUGAAGUGGCAGUCUAUCAAGAGGUCUUUGUUUAGGUCGACAUCUCACUAUAUUUUAGCCAAAUCAUGAGUCCCAAUGCUAAUGAUUUUAGUCUAAUCUUAAGACUGUAUGGAUAUAAAAUGGGCCGUUUUAAAGACUUAAAGACCUUUCUCGUCUUGUUCAUCCAGUGAGUUGAAUCAACCUGGAGCCUCAUGUCAUUUUACAGGCAGGAUGCAAAAUCUAUCAGCAGUUACCAUAGCAACUGUAUUACACGUCAGACGGAGCUGUGAGCACGUUCAUGUGGAAGACGUGGUUUCUGAGCGGUAGAGAGACACUGGGAUAGAGAGAGAGAGUGCGCUCGUCCAGAAUCUCCUUCACAUUUAGGAUUUCUAGAGCAGCUUCGUCUUCUCACAGUGCUCUUCUCAUGUUGAUGGAGAUAUGGAGCAGCAGAAGCAGGGCUAGCUGUUCCAGGUCCUGACAGAGACCAGGGCGGUAGCCGCCGUCUCUCCUGAUUUCUGUGUCGUCUUCCCGCUUCGCUAAGGAAACAGACUGACUUUCUUCACCUCUUCUUACUAAGAACUCCAAAGGACAAAAUCUGAAGAGCACAUGCAGCCUAACAUGGGCUGUGACUGCUCUGAGUCAACAGUGAACAAAGCGACAUGAAGAAAACAUGAGCGCAGGAGAGACGCAGCGGAGGCUGCUGGGCAGAGUGGAACAAAAUGACCGAAGUCUGAUGGAACACGAAGGGAGGAACUAAUACCGAAUAAAAGGACUGUUGUGCCUAAUUGGCGAGCAUGCUUUUACGUCAUGUGAAUAGGACACAGGCCAUUUUUAGGAAUGAAGGUAAACCAAUAACUUCCGGGUAAGUUUACUGCUCUUUUGAAGAAUCAAAGUGAGGUGAAAGACUGAGGGCCCGCUCUGAACGCAGAUACCUCCAAGCGUCUGAAAGGGCUUCAGUUAGGUUAUGGCUACACCUUAAACAGCUACUAUGCAUGCUGUUUUUAUUUUCAGGUUGAAUGGUAGGCUCUCUUUCAGAACUGUAGAAGGUGAAGAAUACCUGUAACUAUUACACUACCAUAUCCCUAUUUUAAGCAUUAUAGAAAUGCACUGGUACUUCAGUAUAUCAUAUGUCAAAAUAUUCAAGAGAAUUAGAAACUAGCACAAACAGUACAGUAUACAUAGCCCUGUUCUCCCCGUGUCUGCGUGGGUUCUCUCCGGGUGCUCCGGCUUCCUCCCACUUUCCGAAGACAUGCAGAAAGGUCACCUAGGGCACCAAUCAACUAAAUUGUCCUUAGGUGUGAGCGUGAGUGGUUGUCUGUCUAUGUGUGACCCUGUGUGCCCCGCCUUUUGCAUGAUGUCAGCUAGGAUUGGCUCCAGCCUGCUGCGACCCCAUAGGCAGGAUAAGCAGUUGACGAUGGAUGUGUGUGUGUGUGUGUGUGUGUAUGUGUGUGUGUGUGUAUGUAUAUAUAUUGUGUACAUAUUAUAUGAUGCUCUCUUGUGACCUCUUAAUCAUCAGAGCUGGGUGUCAGUAGUCCACCAGGGAGUUUUAUGUAUAUACAUAUAAUUUUCUCAAUGUGUCGGGCAUUAUAUUUUCGUAAUCACUUUUCUUUACUUUUCCAUUAUUAACUUACAAAAACCUAGAUAUUGCACUAUGUCAGUUUUGUCAGAUCAGCCUAAUAAAUCAAUGAUAACCUAUGAACACAGAUUUGACUUCUCCUUGUCUUUUCCUUUCUUCUGUUGAUGGAUUUGGAGAUAAUGAAAAUAGAAAACUACAAAUGGAUGAGAAGGAGUUACCAGCGGCUACGUUGGAAUCCAGGAAACCAACACAGACCGAGUCUAAUCUGAAUCGAUGUGUGUGAGACGAGGGGUGACUUUUGUUGUGUGGUUUUUAUGAUUCAUCAAUGGAUCCGGCUGUUAGCACAGCCCUGCGGGGCAGCGGGGGCAGCAACUACACAGCUGAUACCACAGGUCCAGGCUUCACCAACCAGCUGGGCACUGCCUCGCCUGUUGUGCCAAGGGUUGUUUCUAUAGUGACCAGCUUAGUGACUGCCACCACAGGGGCCACAGUGGGAAGCACGGGAAACCUAUCGGCAUUCAGAGACCAAAGAGGGAGCGCGCACAGUCAAAUCCAUCAGCCAUCAACACCGUUUGUGCUGAGUGCUGCUGAGAGUAAUUCUGUCCUGCAAGGCAUCACAGUGGCAGCUCAGGCCCUGGUACUCCUCUCCAUCUUCCUACUCUCCAGCCUCGGUAACUCAGUAGUUGUCGUUGUCAUCAUCAAACAUAGACAGCUUCGAACAGUGACUAACGCUUUCAUCAUGUCGCUGUCGUUGUCUGAUUUCCUCACAGCUGUUCUAUGUCUGCCGUUCUCCUUUGUCAUGCUCUUCAAUAAGGACGGUGUCUGGAUGUUUGGGGAUCGUUUCUGUGUGGCCAAUGGCUUUUUUAACACCUGCUUUGGUAUCAUCUCUACCCUGACUAUGACUCUGAUCUCAUUUGACAGGUACUACGCCAUUGUCAGACAGCCACAGGCUAAAAUAGGACGCCAGAAAGCAGCUCAGUUGUUGGUAGCUGUGUGGUUAAUUGCUGUCAUUUUCUCUCUCCCUUGGUAUCUGUUAGUCCAGACACCUACAGAAAUCCACAAGCGAGGUUUCUGCCACUGUAUGUAUGUGUUCCACUCUGGGACCUCACACAUGGGGACGGCUUAUAGCAUCUGCCUUAUUGUUGUGUGUUAUUUACUGCCCUUCUCCCUCAUGUGUUUUUGUCAUUAUAACAUCUGUAAGACAGUUCGUCUCUCUGAAAUCCGAGUCAGGCCAGUGACCACAUAUGCAUACUUACUGCGAUUUUACAGUGAAAUGCGAACAGCCACCACAGUUCUGAUUAUGAUUGUUUUCAUCAUUUUUUGCUGGGGGCCAUAUUGUUUAAUGGGGUUGGUAACAGCAAUGGGGGACUACACGUUCAACCCUGCAAUGGACACGGUGGCUAUCUGGCUAGCCUGGGCAAAUGGAGCAAUCAACCCUCUGAUCUACGCCAUGAGGAACCCCAAUAUAUGUAUGUUACUGGGGCGGAGCAGAGAGGAGGGCUAUCGGACCAGAAAUAUUACUGCGUACCUCUCUAGCCAAACCCAGAACCGUGAGAUUCAGCUUAACCAGGCAGAAAGGAUAAAGGACCGCUAUGUGAGUCGUGUAGGGGUGAAUAAUAACAGUCGGCUGUCAAGUUCAAGUCCUGGAAAAGGAGGAGCAGGAGGGGAGGUGGCAAUGUGGGCCUGUAAAAACCCUGCUGUGUUCUUCUGCAGGGAUGUCCAGCCUGACACUGCAACACCACCCAACUCUGUCAGCGCUCCAAAGAUGAAGACAGCAGACACCAGCCUGUGACAUUGUGGAAGCAUUCUUAACCGUCUAAUGAUUGUUUUCAUCAUUUCUGUAUUUGUUGUUGUGGAUCUAGAGAAUGCAGUUUGUGACAUUUUUGGAAAUAUGUGUCUCUUUUGAUCAGAUUUUGUUCCAGGAAUCAAAAGGAUCAUCUGAGUUGUUCAUAUACUUCCAUUACAUUGCAGAACGGUUUGAGGGAAGACAAUGUUAAGAUGGUGAAAACUAGAUUUAAGCAGGUGUACAAUAGCUAAUGACAAUUCCAUCAAUUCCACCUGAGGGCCUCUGGAACCUCCUCAGUGAUUAAGCAUGGAAGGGGACGCAAACAAUUCUGUAGAAAACCAUGAUAAGUUUGUUUCUGCUAUAAAGGUCUUCAUGUCAAAUAUUAUUUCAUUUUUUAAAUUUUUUAUUUAUUUAAAAAAGAUAUAUAUAAUUUACAUUUCAUAUGUAAAUGCAGCAUAUAGAUUUUGAAAACUGAUAAAAUAUCUGCUAAACCUUCAAUGCUUAAAACGUAUACUGUGCAUGUCAUUUUCAGAUUGUCCUCCCCAGACAAAUGACAUCAUCUGUCUUUUGUUUAAGUGCUUAACACGACCUCAAGUUACACUUUACUUUCACGUCUUACCAUUCCUGUAAAAUUCGCCUAAAACGCCUAUCCAAGGCAUUCCAGAAAUAGACUGUUCUUGAACCAUUUGGAGUAAAUUAAUUGUUUUGGGCUUCUCUGAAAGAUAAAACUCUGAAUUGUCUAAACCAACAGUCAGAAUCACUGUAAGUGCUACUAGAAUUGAUUAAAAUAAAUUUGAACACACUAAAAGUAA